UUCACGAAACUUGUCUACGAGAACACGCUACUCACGGAUCGACGACUGAGCAAGCGUUGAUAUUUCUACCACAGCGCUAAGUGACGGGGAGCUGAAUGCGAAUCUCUGGAAGCAGUUUCCACUUAGCCACAUGUCUUCUGCAAGGUUUGACGGGUUAUUGACAAACCUUCAAUUUUGAAUCCAUUUCGAGAACUUAGGUGUACGGGCAAAUGAGCGACUAACAGGGUCAACUUCCGGUCUUCGUUAUUCCUCACUGAAUUGUCUAACAUCCUAGCCACGUAAUGUCCGACGCCAAGGACCCUGUUGAAAAGAAGUCAGUCGGCGAUGACGCCGAGUGCCUGAGCUGUCCAGCGGCCGCGUCUGAUUCGACCGACGCACUGAAGCCGGCUGACGUGGCGGACGUAUCCGGGCUGAAUGAUGCAGUUAAAACAGACGCCACUAUAGCAGUACCCGGCGAAGGAGGAGACGCCGUGGCGGGAGAAGUCCCAGUCGUGCCCGGACCGGACGCCGCGGGUGACGACGCCGAGAGUGAGGGAGACGGCUCGGGAGAGUGCGCCGAGGACGAUGCAGAGGACGAAGAUGAGGACGACGAAGACGAGGAGGAAGUCGAGGAGGAAGAAGACGGAGAUCUCUACGAUCGCGAGUCCUCUUCCAGCGGCGCCGGCAGUGAGGACGACCUGGAAGAGCUCCUGAGCCGGGAAGCGGCGGCUGCAGCUGCGAGGGCAGCUCCCACCCAAGACGUCGAGGUGUGCGCCGUGUGCUUCAAGAAGGCGAGCGUGCGGUGCGAGCGCUGCCAGGGCGAGUCCUACUGCGGGGAGCCCCACCGCAAGAAGGACCAGCCCAGGCACGACAAGUGGUGCUUCCCCCGCACCGAGCCGGCCGAGGACAACCCCAUCGUGCCGCAGGACGCGCCCAUCCUGGCGCUGAGCGUGGAGGUGCUGCUGCGCAUCUGCCGCCGCCUGCCCGCCAUGGACCUGGUGCGGCUGGGCCAGACGUGCCGCGCGCUGCGGGCAGUGUGCCGCGACCCGCACGCCUGGAGUCACGUGACCUGGAAGGGCGGCCGGUCCUCGUACUACGGAUACGGAGGGCACGCGAGGGGCGCCGGCGUCCUGAAGGUGGCGCCCGCCCUGCGCGCCAUCCACGUGGGCGAGGACGAGCUGAACUCGCCCAAGGUGAACCUGCUGCGCUGCACCCGCCUCGUGAAGGAGUUCCACCUCGAGUGGAACGAGUACGAGCAGGAGGGCUACGACGUGGACCGCGUCAUCGCGCUGCUGCGCCACUACCGCGGCAACCUGGACGUCGUGAAGCUAGGAUGCCUCGACAGGAUGACAAGGGAGGGCCGGAAGGACGAGGUGCGACUACUGAAGUUCAUCGACACUCUUGACAUCAAGGAGCUGUACGUCAAGAGGAAGCUCGCCAAGUGUUACCCCAGGAGCUCGAAGGUGAUCACGGAACUAGAGAUGGGUUUCGAAGUGAGCGGUGAUGUGCUUGCCGACUUCGUCGUCAGCUGCCGUGAGACCCUCACCAACUUCGAGAUCGACCUCUACUACUACAGGAAGAACCCGUGGGUGCACGUUCGCAGCUCGCCCGUGCGGCGUGCCCUGGUGCAGUGCCACAAGCUGGAGAGCGCCGCGGUGCCCAUCUGGGACGGCAGCCUGUCCAUGCUGCACGCCUGGCCCGAGCUGCGCACGCUCACACUGUACGACUUCGGUGACGUGAAGCACGGCGCCGCCCGGGAGUCGCUCAUGACCGCCCCCGUGGCCAAGAAGCUCGAGUCCCUGACGCUGUACAUGGGGUACUUCGGCCACCGCGGGCUGCUGCAGACCGUGGCGGAGGCCUGCAGCGGGCUGAAAACUCUGGAACUGAGGUUCGGCAUGGUGGACAGCCGCUUCCCGGAGGAGAACCCCAUCGACGUCCCGCGCGACCUCCACCUGGUGCUGGGACGCCUCACGGACCUGGAGAUGCUGACGCUGUUCGCGGCCAGGGUGCCCAGCUCCGUGUUGAAGGGCAUCGCCGAGGGCGCGCUGCCCAACCUGGGCUCCCUCAGCCUGGAGGAGUGUGCGCUGACGCCCAAGGGGCGCGAGGCCGUGGCCCUGGUGCACAGCAAGCGCCCCGACCUGUGCUUCUGGGCGUCGGACGAGGACGUGGCGGACGCCAAGCCGAAGUCGGCCUUCGACUUGUUCUUCCUCCCCUCGCGCUGCGGCCACAGCUCCUGCGCCGCCCCUUCCGACUGCGAGGAGUACGACUUCCCCGGAGACCCCGCCGCCGUCGUCGCCGAAUUCGCCAACAUGCUCGGUGCACUGCAAUAAUUUUUUUGUUUUCGGGAUUCCAAGGCUGUACGUUUCCGGGACACAGACUGGUGUGAGAUGUGCAGUGCAGUGGAAAAUUGAAUUUUCCAGUCAUUUGUCUCCGAAAUUAUUUGUUUUUAGAUACGCAGUGUUUUUU